CACACUUUGGACAGUGGAGUUUGGAAUCUCCAGAGCCAGGCUUCUUCUGUGACCCAAGCUUCGCCUCCUCCCUAGGGCCCCAGAGCCCGCACCAGAGCCGCAGGCCACCUGGGGAGGCCAAGACAGGACCACUGAGAGAAGUAACCAUGGAAGACAGCCGGGCUCAAGUGCUGGGGGAAAGAGCUCCGUUCUGCAUCAGCUCUCUGCCAACGACUCUGGAUCCCCAGGUGGAGAGGAGAGAGCCCUGGGCCAGAAGGUGGGGGAGCUGGGCUCUCCCCCUGACUCACUGUGUGACCUUGGGGAAGUCACUUCCCCUCUGUGCACCCCAGCAUUCCUGCCUUAAAAGUGGCCAUAAUGCGGGAGAAGUGGAGAGCAUCAAGGAAGGGGGUGUGACCCCAGAGGAAUCUGGAGUCCAGGUUCUAGGGGACAAGGCUCCUUUCUCUACAGGAUCUGAGGAUGGUUCUCCAAUGAUCACGUCUGCAUCAGGGGCGCCCCAGACGUUGAGGAAAGAGACCCGGGAUCUACCCGUGCUUCACUGUACGACCUUGGCUCCUCCAUCUCCAGACUGCCCCCUGCCCCCGGAGGAGCAUGGAAUGGCUGCCAGACUCCUUCCAGUCAGGGCUCAGGAAGCAGUGACAUUCAAGGACGUGUCUGUGGACUUCACCCUCGAGGAGUGGGAACGCCUGGGCCCUGCUCAGAGGGACCUCUACAGGGAGGUGAUGCUGGAGAACUACAGGAACCUGGUCUCCCUGGGAGCCGAGUGCCAAAGUGCCAAACCAAAGCUGAUCUCCCAGCUGGAGCAAAGCAGAGAGCCGUGGUUGUUGGAAGGAGAAGACCUGCGUGGCCUCUGUCCAGAUGGGUGCCCCAAGCCUGAGACUCUGAAUUCAGGGCCACACCAGGAUGUCUCUGAAAAACCAUCCUGUCGGGAAGAAAGACUUGAAGGUCUCAGAAGAGAUGGCUCAGUGUACUUCAGCCUGAGAGACGCAGCGGAGCGUGAGGGCCGAGGAGCUCCUCAGCAGGAUAGCCAGGACCCACCUGUGACACCAGCACCCAGCACCCACAAAGAAAUGCCCUCUGGGGAGAGAGGCUAUGCGUGUAACAAAUUCAUUAGACAUUCGGGCCUGAGAAACCUUGCCACAGCACAGAGAGAAGCCCCAUCAGAAGAGACACCCCUCAAUCCUGAGAACAGGGAGAGCUCCCAACAGAAUUCAGGCACAGUUAAGCUUCAGAGAACCGGUGGAGAGAAAAGACCUUUUAAGUGUACUGAGUGUGAAAGGACCUUUCUUUAUCACUCAGACCUUAUUAUACACCAGAGAAUUCACACUGGAGAGAAACCCUACAAAUGUAAUGACUGUGGUAAAGCCUUCAGUAAUAGUUCCUACUUUAUUCAGCAUCAUAUAAUUCAUACUGGAGAGAAACCUUAUGCAUGUAAUAUAUGUGGGAAAACCUUCAGCCAGAGCUCAUCCCUUACUGAACAUCAGCGAAUUCACACUGGAGAGAAACCCUAUUCAUGCAAAGAGUGUGGGAAAGCCUUCACCCAGAGCUCAUCCCUUAUUAAGCACCAGCGAUGUCAUACUGGAGAAAAGCCCUUUAAAUGUAAAGAAUGUGGGAAAGCCUAUACCCAGGUUUCACACGUUGCACGACAUAGGAAAAUUCAUACAGGAGAGAGACCCUAUAAAUGUAAUGAAUGUGGGAAAGCCUUUUUUCAUACUGCGUCCCUUACUCAACAUCAGGCAAUUCAUACUGGAGAAAAACCAUAUAAAUGUAACGAAUGCGGGAAAACCUUCAGCCAUAGCUCAUCCCUCACUCAGCACCAGAGAGUUCACACUGGAGAGAAGCCCUAUGAAUGCAGUGACUGCGGCAAGUCCUUUAGCCACAGCUCCUCUCUCACUCAACACCAGCGGAUUCACACUGGUGAGAAACCCUAUGGGUGCAAUGAAUGUGGGAAGGCCUACACUCAGAUUUCACAUCUUAUGCGCCAUCAAACCGUUCAUAUGGGAGAAAAGCCCUAUAUAUGUAAUGAGUGUGGGAAGGCCUUCAGCCACACUUCAUCCUUUACUCAACAUCUGACAGUUCACACUGGAGAGAAACCCUAUAAGUGUAAUGAAUGUGGGAAGACUUUUAGCCAGAACUCAUCCCUUACACGACAUUUGAGAAUUCACACUGGAGAGAAACCCUACGUAUGCAAGGACUGUGGGAAGCGUUACACUCAGGUUUCACAUCUUAUUCAGCACAAGAGAAUUCACACUGGAGAGAAACCUUACCGGUGUGGUGAAUGUGGGAAGGCCUUUAGCCGGAGCACACACCUUAAUGAACAUCAGAAAAUUCAUACUGGAGAAAAACCCUAUAAAUGUAAUGAAUGUGGGAAAUCUUUUAGCCACAGCUCAUCUCUUAAUCAGCAUCAGAGGAUUCAUACUGGAGAGAAACCUUAUGAAUGUGAUGACUGUGGGAAAACCUUCAGCCAGAGUAUACACCUUAUUCAGCAUCAGAGAAUUCAUACUGGGGAGAAACCCUAUGAAUGUAAUGAAUGUGGAAAGGCCUAUACCCAGAUUUCCCACCUCCUUCAACAUCAGAAAAUUCACACCGGAGACCGACCAGCUGAGUGCCCUUUCAAUUCCAAGUCCUUCAGAAGGGAGACCUACUUGCUUAAACAUCAGGUAAUCCAUGCUGCAGAGAAACCCCAUGAAUGCACCGAGUGUGGGAAGGCCUUCGGUCACCGCUCCAACCUUAUUCGACACCAGAGAAUCCAUACGGGAAACAGACCCUAUGAGUGUAGUGAAUGUGGGAAACUCUUCAGUCACAGCUCAUCCCUUAUCCAGCACCAGAUAAUCCAUACCGGGGAGAAACCUUACAAGUGUAAAGAUUGUGGCAAAGCCUUCAGCCGGAGCGCCUAUCUGACCGAACACCAGCGAAUUCAUAUUGGAGAGAAGCCCUUCGAAUGUGGUGCCUGUGGGAAAGCCUUUGGCCGGAGCACAUACCUCGCCCAGCAUCAGAGAGUUCACAUCAGGGAGAAGCCCUACGAAUGUGGGCAGUGUGGGAAAACCUUCAGCCACCAAUCAGCCAUCGCCCAACACCAGAUCAUUCACACGGGAGAGAAACCGUAUGAAUGUAUCGAGUGUGGGAAAGCCUUUGGCCGGAGUGCAUACCUUAGUCAACAUCAGAAGAUCCACAUCGGGGAGAAGCCCUACGAAUGUGGGCAGUGUGGGAAAACCUUCAGCCACCGAUCAGCCAUCGCCCAACACCACAUCAUUCACACGGGAGAGAAACCGUAUGAGUGUGGCGUUUGUGGGGAAGCCUUCAGCCGAAGCGCCCACCUCACUCGCCACCAAAGGACUCACACCAGAGAAAGGCCCUAUGAAUGCGCCGAGUGCGGGAAGGCCUUCAGUCACAGCUCCACCCUCAUUCAGCACCAGAUAAUCCACACCGGGGAGAAGCCCUAUGAGUGUAAUGCCUGCGGAGAAGCCUUCAGCCGCAGCGCCCACCUCACUCGCCACCAAAGGACUCACACUAGAGAGAAACCCUACGAAUGUGCCGAGUGUGGGAAGGCCUUCAGCCACAGCUCCACCCUCGUCGAGCACCAGUUCAUUCACACUGGAGAGAAGCCGCAUAAGUGUCACGAAUGUGGGAAGGCUUUCAGCCGCAGCACUUAUCUUACUCACCACCAGAGAAUCCACACUGGAGAGAAGCCCUAUGAUUGUAGAGAGUGUGGGAAAGCCUUCCGUCUGCGCUCAACCCUUACUCAGCAUCAAAUCAUCCACACUGGAGAGAAGCCCUACGAAUGCGAUGAAUGCGGGAAGGCCUUCAGCCAGUUCUCCACCCUCGUCCGGCACCAGAGGACCCAUUCUGGAGAGAAAGCCUAGCGUUGUCGUAGAGCCGGAAGAGCUGUGAGCUGAGCAGGAGCCGGGGGUCUUCCGGUCCCCGUAUGCUGUCAGAUCAGUCAGCUGCCUCACGCCUCAGUGCCUUCAUCUGCAAAAUGGGAGACUUAAACUAGAUGAACACCACGCCAGCCGUUGGGGUCUCAGGUUAGUCCCUCCCCUUCUUGGUACCUGGCUUUCUUCCACUGUAGAAUUAAGACGAGGUGAUGGCCAAGAUCCCCUUCCGUCCCCUCGUUAAUUCUGUGGUAACUCUGCAGUGCAGUGAUGUUGUCCAUUCGUUCCUUUCCAUUUGUCAGAGGUCUGUAGCGCACUGGGCUAGGGGCUUCAACCAGGAGAAACCCAGGACUUAGUGAAGAGAGAAUUGGAGUUCUAAUCAAGACCUGAAUUCAAAUCCCACUUCCAACAUUUACUAUUCAACCCAAUUCAACCAACAUUUGUUAAACACCUACUGUGUGCCCGGCACUGAGCUAGGCUGUUGUAGACACAAGGACCGAAAUGAAACAAUCCCUUCCAUUCUGACACCGGGAUCAGGAAAUGCAAAGAAGCACGAAGGACUGAGUAACGCGACUGGGGCCUCAGCUCCCUCAUCUACAACGUGGGGAGGAUAAUGCCCCAUAAGGUUCAGAGGGCAGAAGGAAAGAGGUGCAAUCUGCAUAUCAUUCAAGGCAAAAAAUCCGCAUUUUGGGCAAUGGAGAUGGGACUUUGUGAAUGUGGAGCCGCAGCCGUGAGCUCAUCCAGGUCUGGCUUACUCUCCCCCUUUGACAGAUGAGUAAACUGAGGCUCGGUCAGGUGCAGCGCCUUGCCGAGGGUCAGUCACUCAACAUUGGCACUGGGCUUUGCUCCCCUCCAUUCCACCACCUGCUUGAUGAGGGCAUCAUCACCGGGGACAUGCCACAGCCUCGUGGUGCCCCCGGGCAUCUUGCCAAGUGAUACCAGUGACCGGAAGACCUGCCUCUAUCACAGGGCCAGUGUGAUGAAAGGAUUCUGCAAAGCUUAGCCCAAGUAAGCAGCAGGCAUGUACUGGGCAGUUGUAUGCCAGCCACUGCCCUGGGUACCGGGAUGGAGACAAAAGUGAAGUGGCCUUGCCCUGCCGGAGCUUACAUUCUGCUGGCUCAGACCAAGUGCCAUUGUUCUCUGGGUGUGGCCCCUAAGCUCCACCCCCAUUGGACUAAAAGCUCUUUGAGGAAGGGUUUAGCCCUAGGGCCUUGCAUGCAGCCCAUUCUUAAGGGUUUGCUUGGUUGAAUUCGAUAAACAGAAGCAGGAUUUUUUGUAGACAGAAGCCCCACAGCUCCCGGGUCCUGAGGAGCCCUGGUGGUAGUGGCCUUAGACCCCGCCCCCAUGCUCUCCAGCCUCUGCGAUGAAACCCUCGAGAAUGCAGAAGAGACAUGGGUAAGGGCCUGGCUCAUGGGUAAGAGAAGGCUCGUGGCUACACUGUGACUUGCAGCUGGCUGGGCAGUCUGCCCAAUCCUGCCGUUAGCCGAUGGCUCACUGUCCAGCCUUGCCUCACUGGCAAAGAUAGGCCUAGCGUCAGAGGGCCAGACUUUACGACACAGGAAGCCCUAGCUGCUAGCAUGCGGAGGGGUUCCCAUCUGUGGCAAUGAACCACUGACCCCCAAAUAUUGGCACAUGUUAGAGACAGGCCUCUAGCUUUGGGGGGCUACUUGGAUGAGAUGAUCUCUGAGGCCCCUCCAAGCCCCCCAUCCUGCCUGUCUGUGAUGGCAGCCCCCGACCAAGGCCCUGACGCUCCUUCAUGGUGUACAGGGGACCUUGAGUCCUCAAAGUCUCCACCAGCAGCUCCUUCCCACCAACAGGGGAGGGUUGUAGGCACAGACCUAGCCAAGACUGGCCUAUGGUCACUCCAGCAGCAAGUGGCAGAUCCUGGAUUCAAACCCGGGCCCUCUGACUCCCGAAGCAGCCGUCGUCCACUGCACCGGGCCCCUCCUGUGACCUCUGCCGCUUCUCGUCCGUCAGUCGUCCCUCCUGUCGUCCAUCUCUCCAUCCUUUGGGAUACCUGCAAUUUUGAUUCUUCAAAGACUCACAGACAUUCAAGCAAGCAUCACCAGAAAAAUAAUGGUGUUUAAGAGAUGGGUCUCUGAGGCAGGGUCACAGCCAAGCUCAUUGAGAGCACACCCUAAUUUCCCAAGUGCCACCCAGCCCACCCUCUUCCUUCUGUUCAGUUCUGGGCUCAACUCAUUGUCUGUCUGCAGCGUCUGCACCCCAUCCGUGUACUGAUGGACCAGCCCAAUGGACCGCCCGUUGACCUGCCUGGCACAGUCUGAACUAGAGGCAUUUGGGGUUCCCUUUGGGUUUUCCUGUGGAAAUCGUUAGGCCUGCCACUGUGGCAGUCACUGGGGGGUUUCACUGAGGAGGCCCCAUGAUAUUCUGGGGCUUAAUUUAAUGGGCCCAGUGUCAUCCCAGUUAAUUAUACCAUCCAGCAGCAUCCAAUUAGCCCCUGAAACCCUGGGAUUCUGCCCAGGGCCUCCCCAUGGCGGUGGUAAACAGUGGAGCAUACACCUCCUUAUUUGAUGCCUUGUAUGAUCCUGAAGUAUGCACAAGAAACUCCGCAGCAGAAGAGAGCCUUGCAGGCCGUGAUGAGUGCUCUGGGAGACCAUCCUGUUACAUUAUCCACAGGCCGUAUACACUCCUGCUUUCUACGUCUUCCUCUCCAUUCGACUGAAGACAUAGCCUGUUCUAGGAAGACCCUGGUAUUUUCAUCAGCCAUGCCCUGCACUCACAUAUCAGUAGGCUUGGUGAUCAGUAGUUAUGGCUGCUCUGGGGAUGGACCCACUUCAGGGGUCUAGAAGUGGUGCUGGCUUCUCCAGUGCUGGGCCAGCAGAAUACACUUGGCCAGUGUGCUUGAAUGACCCCCAGUCAUCUCCUCUAAGGACAGAAAACCCACUGGUGCUGCCCUCUUUGACCAUGGUAGCCCAUGAUGAUGUUUUUUAUAUGACUGAGAAACAAACGUUUGUUCCCCUCCAAAAAAAAAAAGAAAGAAAAAAACUUGAAUGGUGAAUUCAUUUUUUCCCAAGAAAUUCCUAUUUUCGAUUUUAGACCAGGAGUUCUUAAUGUGAGGUCUAUGGAUAGAUUUCAGAGAGUCUGUGAAC